GGAUGCUGCAGCCACUACACACACCGGCGGCGGGUAAGGGAAAGAGGUGAGAUGGGACUGGAGGUGGAUCCAGCCUUCGUCCAAUCCCCCGAGCACCGAUCGGACCCCACCGUCGUCGAGGCCAGCGGUAUCCCGCUGAUCGACCUCUUCCCCCUCCUCCACUCCCCCAUCCCGGACGCCGGCGACGCCGCCCCGCCGGCCCUGUCGGGUUUACUGGCGGAGGUGGAGGCCGCGUGCCGAGAUUGGGGCUUCUUCCAGGUGAUCAACCACGGGGUUCCAUCGGAGCUGGUGGAACGAGUGGAGGCCGCGGCGAGGGGCUUCUUCGCCAUGCCGGCCGAGGAGAAGCGGGCGGUCAGGCGGGACGAGGUGAACCCCUUAGGGUACUACGAGUCGGAGCACACCAAGAACGUCCGCGACUGGAAGGAGGUCUUCGACUUUGUUGUCGAAGAGCCGGCGGUGAUCCCCUCGCCGGCAGAGCGCGCCGGCGUUGGGGGUGGUGGGUUGAUCGAGCUGUGGAAUCAGUGGCCCAAGUAUCCUCCGGAAUUCAGAGAAGCCUGCGAGGAAUAUGCCGGAGCUGUUACAGGCCUGGCUUUCAAGCUGCUCGAGCUCAUUGCGCUGACCUUAAAGCUGCCAGCGAAGCGAUUGAACAGCUACUUCAAAGAUCCAACCAGCUUCAUCCGCCUCAACUACUACCCUCCAUGCCCCUCCCCGGAUCUUGCUCUCGGUGUCGGCCGCCACAAGGACUCUGGAGCCCUGACCGUCUUGUAUCAGGAUGAUGUCGGCGGUCUCGAUGUCAGGAGGCGGUCCGAUGGCAAGUGGAUCAGAGUCAAGCCCAUCCCCAACUCUUUUAUCAUCAAUAUUGGUGACAUUGUUCAGGUUUGGAGCAAUGACAAGUAUGAGAGCGCAGAGCACAGGGUAUCGGUGAACAGAAAGAAGGAGAGGUUCUCCACUCCAUUCUUCUUCAACCCUGCUCAUUACGUGAUGGUGAAGCCAUUGGAGGAGCUGGUGGAUGAUGAGAAGAGCCCGGCCAAGUACAAGGAGUAUAACUGGGGAGAGUUCUUUAAGACGAGGAAACUUAGUGACUUCAAGAAGCUUGAGGUGGAAAACAUCCAGGUCUCUCAUUUCGCUGCUACACUUUGUCAUUAAUAGUGGGUAGGCUGUCAAAUAAUCAGUACAAAAGAGUUGGUUAAUGGUUAUUAGCUGAGGUGAUAUGGUAGCAAUAAAUUUUAUAAAUUUCAUAAUCUUACAAACCAGCUGUUUGUUUGUUUUUUUUUUUUUAAAAAAAAAGAUCUUGGAUUAUAAAAAAGUAAUACAGGAAAAUGAGACUGCACCGAAAUUCUUCA